AUGGAAAAAUCGAAGAUAAGAAAUUUCAAUUUACUAUUUUUAGAAGAAGAUGAAGAAUACAUAGAUGACAUGUUAAUAACAAUGCGGAAAAAGCAAAGUGAGGAGUAUGCCGAUAUGCGUGGGAGAUUACGAUUGUGUUCAAAGUCCUUAGUAUUUGAACCUUAUGAUACAGACGAGGAAGUGUUAAAAUUUCCUUUUAAAAAAUUAGAGAAUGCAAAGAUGAACACAUAUAAUAAUCAAAUAAUUGUGAAAACAUCUGAAGUUAUUAAGAUAAAAACGAUUACGUUUAAUAAAAAAACUAGAUGUACAUGUCAAUUUACUUAUGACAGGAAGAAUAGAAGAAGCUUAAACUUGAUGAAUAGUUACUACAAUGAAUACUAUGAUGAAUUUAAAAGUAUAGAUAAUAAUAACAUAGAUGAAAAGAUAGGUAUGUUCGAGAAGGUUCUAAACAAUUUUGAUGAAAAUGAAAAUGAAAAUGAAAGUGAUUCAUUUGCAGUAGUGGGUCACCAGGAAAGGAAAAGCUCUGCCAUGUGGUCGAAUGGUAUGGGGGGUAAGAGCGGAGGAACCCACAAAAAAGUUAAUUCCUCGGGGGAGUGUGGAACUACCGCUGUUUCGGCAGCUGUUACAGUGUCCACCACUGCGGCUACUGGUGGUGGUGCUAGUGCUGCUUUUCCUCCCAGCAGGAGCAAGAGUGGGUUUGUAUACAUAUUUGAGGGGGAGGGAUCAUCGAGCAGCGGUAAAAAGCUGAAGCUAAUUUACGGUAUACUGGUAAAGAUAAAGAUUGCCAUGAUAAUUCAUGAGAAGCAAAUGGAAAUACUGAUAAAGGAAAAGAAGAGUAGGCAGGGAAGUUACCAAGGAAGUUAUCAUGCAAGUAGGGAAAGCAACGGACAGGAGAGUAGUGGACAAAGGGGUGUAUUAGACAUCGGGCAGAACAAUAAGCGGAGUGGUGGGAAAAAAGAUGGACCUCUUGUUGGCCAGAAUGAUAGGAAGAGGAGUGGACAAAAAGAUGGACAGUUUAUUGGUCAAAGUACUGGGGUGAGCAGUUUGGAGGAUGAUAAUGUAAAUACUAGAAAAGAGUUGAACCUAGAAAAGUACAUCGAAAAUGUGCUUGAAAAAUUAACAGAGAAUAUAAGAUUUGAUAUAAGUAGUAUAAGUAUUCAUGAGAAGAUAAUAACAAAUCGAAUGGAUGGAUAUUGGGUAUUUAAGGUAUCACCAUUACUAAAAAUGAAAGGGAUAUUAAAUAUAACAAAUAAGUUUAUAUAUUUUCAACCAAAUCCUAAUUUUACUAAUAAAAAGGAAAAGAAAUGGAAAACAGAAAGUAUAUUACAUGUAUUUAAGAGAAUAAUAAUAAUGAAACCAAAUGCAUUAGAGAUAAUUUUUGAUGAUGAGAAAAAAAAAUAUAAUUCUUUAUAUGUCGAAUUUGUAAAUUUUGAUGAUAGAGAGAUGAUAAUAAAAGUUUUAAAAAAAAUAAAACCAGAAUGUUUAUUAAUUGAAGAAAAUAAAAAUUUUAUUUAUGCUGUACAAAAUAAAUGGGUUAAUGGGUUAAUAACAAAUUACGAAUAUUUAGAUUUUUUAAAUUGUAUAGCUGGAAGGAGUAGAAAAGACUUUUCUCAAUAUCCUGUCUUUCCAUGGGUAUUGACAAAUUAUUCAAGUAAGGAAAUAAAUUUAAAUGAUGAAAAUGUAUAUAGAAUAUUAUCCAAAUCAGUUGGAUGUUUAAAUAUUAAUAGACUAAAUUCAUUAAUAGAAAAAAUGCAAGAUCAUGAUUAUUUUUAUGGUUCUCAUUAUUCUACAUUAGCAUAUGUUGUCUAUUUUUUAAUUCGUUUAUAUCCUGAGUGUCAACUAAAAUUACAAAGUGGUAAAUUUGAUACACAUUCGAGAAUGUUCUUAUCAGUUGAAAGUACAUUCAAUACUGCUUUAAAUGCAAAUUCAUCCUUUAUUGAACUUAUACCUGAAUUUUAUGAAGAUGAUGAUAAUUUUUUAAAAAACAAUUUAAAUAUUAACACCAAUGAAGGGAAUAUACAUGAUGUUACGUUACCUUUAUGGAGUAAUACUCCUAAAGAUUUUUUAAUAAAAAUGAAAAAUGCAUUAGAAAGUAAAUAUGUGAAUGAUAAUUUAAAUGAAUGGAUUAAUCUUAUUUUUGGCUAUAAACAAAGUGGUCAAUUAGCAAAAGAUAAUUUUAAUCUAUUUCAUCCACUAACUUAUAUGCAUGCAAUUUUAAAUGAAAAACUAUCCAUGAGUUAUAAAUCUACAUAUGAUAAUGUACCACGUACAGACGAAGAAAGUGAAUUUGAAAAAAAUUUCAAUCAAAAAAUUAAAGCCUUAAUUACUACUAUGCCAUCUAAAGCGUUAAAAACUCAACUGCAUGAAUUUGGACAAUGCCCUUUCCAAAUUUUUAAAGACCAUCAUGUGUCUAGAAAAAAAAAUGUGCAUGUUCAGUACAACGAAAAUAUUAAAAAUGCCCCUUGGUACUACUCCUCUGUUAUUCAAAAUCUUUUGAAAAAGAUGUGCUUGAGGAAAAAGCGAAGGGACAGAAAGAAAUAUAGUGCAAAUAUCAACAGCCCAAAUGCACUAUCAAACAAUAACUUCGAUGAAGAAGAAGAAGAUGAGGAAUACUACGAAUCAUUUGAGGACGACUAUGAGGAGGGGUACGCUUCCCGCGAUCGGAGUGACCGUGGCGAUGAUAGGGAUGGCCGAAGAGAUAUUAACGUUAAUGUUAAUGUAAAUGUAAAUGUAAAUGAUAAUGAUAAUGAUAAUGAUAAUGAUGGUGGAAACGAGGAUGAUACGGGCGAGGGCGGAAAGAGGAAAAGAGUAGUUAUCCGUGGAAAAUACGCAAAAAAAAAUAGUUCCUGUUCAGGUAGUGCUACAGAUGUGCACAUGGCGGACAGUUGUAGUGUGAAAUAUACAAGUAAUGGGGAAGAUGGAAGAGACCAUAUACGAAUAGAAAGAGGCGAAGGGAGGGGAUAUCUUAGUUCCUUCAAAAGACAUAUAUGGGAUUUAAAAAAAAUUGACCAUAUCCCAUGUGUUAUAAAAGGAGUGGGUUACACAGAUAAUAGUGUAUGUUUUGUAUGUAAUAAUGGUUUCAUUAAAUUAAUUAGCUAUAGUGAUUUAUUAAACUAUGAAAUAAGGAAUAACAAUAAUUUAAUUUCUUUAAAACUUGGUGAGGAAAAUUUUUCGUGCGUUACGAAUAUACAAGAUAAUUACAUUGUCGGUACAUGGAAUGGCAAUAUACUUUUUUUAAAUCCAAGUAGUAUUUUAAAAGCAAAUAGAGUUACAAAGGGGAUGGGAGGGAAAGACGUUAGAAGCAGGAACAAUCAUAAAAUAGCACAUGAGAGGAGAAGAAUGACAAGAACGACAAGAAUGACAAGAAGAAAAGAAGAAAAGGAACAAGAUAACCAGAAGGAUAACGAAAACGAAAACGAAAAAGAACAAAUUGAAGUGAUAGAAGGGAAUAGUGAAACGGAACAGGAGGAAAGGGAGAAGAGUCAGAAUGAUGAUGCUUCUUCCAUUCCGUCCAAUUGCUCCGAUAUUUCGCUAAAUGAUUCCAAUGAUUCAUUAUUAUCCUCCUUUGACGAUGUUUUUGAAUACGAAUUCCAUGAAAAAAUGAAAAAGAAUAAAAAUGCAAAAUGUAAAAAAGACGAAUUUAUGUACACCUCAAACAUUUACAAUCAAAUGAUCAUGAAAAAAAUACAUAACGAUUCUGUGAAUUGUAUGUGUUAUAGUAACAAUUACUUGGCAACUGGUUCGUCAGAUGAAACUCUACAACUAAUAGAUAUUGAACAGAAUUUCGAAAUAAUGCAAACAUAUGACGACUUCAAUGAUUCCGUGAAGUAUGUACAAUUAAGAAAUCAAUUACUAUUUACAUGGUCAGACAGUUUUAAGUUGUUUGAUAUUCGAAUACCCAAAAAAAAGAUAAACUUGGUCAACCCGAAAAGUGCCAGCAAUGGAAGCGGAAACGGUAGAAGCACUGGUAGCAACAACAACAACGAUCGGAACAACAUCAGUAAUGUCCGAAGGAACGAUCGAUGCAACGACCGAAGGAACGAUCGAAGCAUUGACCAAAGCAAUAACCAAAGCAAUGACCAAAGCGACAGUGAGGGUAACAUCAGAAAAACACUGUCGAGCAAACUAUCACCUAGUAAGUUUUUCCAAUUCUAUAACAACGAACAGUUGCGCAUGUUUUAUAAUACUAUACAAAAAGUGUAUGAACAGAACUACAUACCCAUAAAUUAUUCUAACCCUCAAUACUUAUAUGAAAAGAAAAUAAAAAAGAACGCUAAUUCUACAUAUACGAAAAAUUUUCCACAUAUUAUUUACUCUGCUCUUAUAAAUGAUACCACAAUAUUAUGCAUAGAUGAAAAUAACAAUUUUUAUUUUUACGAUAUAAGAAAUGAAAAUUGGAUAAAUAUAAUAUCAAAUAGCUAUAAUUCGAUGGAAAAAAAAAAAAGUAAAAUUGUUAUAGCGUGUUGCAAUAAGCAACAACAAGUAUGUACCAUAAAUGAUCUUGGGGAAAUAUCUUUUGAAUAUGUAAAUAUUUAUGAUAAUUAUAAUAAUAUUAAUAGAACACCUAAGGAAAGCUUUUUUAGUAGCAAUUGUUCAAUUAAUCCUUCAUACAUUUCCUUUUUAAACCAUUACGAUUCGUCAUAUGUAGGGGGAACAAACGCGUCCGAAGAGUCCACCUGCAACUACAUUUUACUCACUGGCGUAAAUGGGAUGCUAGAAAUACAUAAAAAGGUCAGUUAG